AUGUCAUCUAAUGACAACACCGCCUCCGGCGCCAGCGGCCGUUCACAGACUGUCUCCCGCAACAGCACCAACAAUGCCAGUGGUCGCAACAACCACGUCCCUGCGAACCCGAGCGGCCUGAGGAAUGUUGUCGAUCCUUCCGAAGACGCUACCGCUACCGAAAACCACAGCAGCAGACGUAACGGCACCCAGAACGGCACCGAUAACAAUGGAGACGCCGGUCCCAGCGACUCAAGAUCCCCUACUCGACAUGCCGCUUCCGAAACAACAAGCCUCCUACGGGGUGUCCACGACGACCACCAACCUCAUGAAGGGCAAUGCAACCACGGCACUUUUUCCCCCCGACCCUCGAGUCCCACGAGCAUCCUCUCGUCCGAACCCUCUUUCGCGACGUCGGAAUCUUCAACCUCCCGCAUGAUCGAGAACUUUCUCGGUACCAUCACCGGCAACUCAAACGAUCCGGACUGGCGGCGGAAGUUGGCACGGAAAAUCAGGAGCAAGAAGAUGCACACGUCUCAGGAGCUGGCCCGAGAGCACGGUAUCCGCGACUCGCCGCUCAUGUACCUCUCCUACUACAUACCCUGCAUCACCUGGAUGAGUCAGUACAAGCGUUCGUAUCUCAAGGGCGACUUGAUUGCUGCCGUUACCAUUGCCGGGAUGUACCUGCCGAUGGCCCUGUCCCUGGCCGACAACCUUGCCCACGUUCCGCCCAUCAACGGCCUGUAUGGCUUCGUCUUCCAGCCCUUCGUGUACGCUCUCCUUGGCAGCUCUCCGCAGAUGAUGGUUGGUCCCGAGGCCGCAGGGUCACUGCUGGUGGGAAGCGUUGUCAAGUCAACACUCGACCGCACGUCCGGGACUCCGAGCUCCAUGCGGGGAGGUGCCGAGGACGACGCCGAGCUGCAGGCCAAGGUCUGCGGCAUAGUAGGCGGGAUCGCCGCGGCUACCGUCUUUAUUGCUGGUUUGACGCGCCUCGGAUUUCUCGACAGUGUACUCUCGCGGCCGUUCCUCCGGGGUUUCAUCUCGGCCAUCGGUGUCGUUAUUGGCGUCGAUCAACUGAUCCCCGAACUUGGUCUGAACAAGGUCGCGGCUGCCACCCCUGCCGUCUCCCACGGCAGCAGCAUGGAUAAGCUGCGGUUCAUGUUUGACAAUCUCGACCAGGUUCACAAGAUGACGGCUCUUGUAGCUGGCGUGAGCUUUGCUGUCAUUAUGGUUGCGAGGGAAACGAAACGCCGUCUCCAGCCCCGUUAUCCUGGCGUCGCAUACAUCCCGGAUCGGUUCAUUGUUGUUGUCUUGUCGGCAUGGCUUGCAUACUAUUUCGAAUGGGAGAAGCAUGGCGUCCAAAUCUUGGGUACUGUCAAGGCAGCUUCGGGUCGGCCGUUUACAUUUCGCUGGCCUUUCCAGCCCUCUCACGUGGUACAGAUUCGCGACGCCAUGGGCACCUCGUUCCUCCUUGCUAUGCUGGGCUUCUUCGAGUCGUCCGUAGCGGCCAAGAGUCUUGGUGACCAGACAAUAUUCCCAGACAUUCAGCUGAGUCCGAACAGGGAGCUCAUCGCACUCGGCGCUGCCAACCUCCUAGGUUCUUGCUUCAUGAGCCUGCCGGCCUUUGGAGGGUAUGGCAGGAGCAAGGUAAAUCGUCAGACUGGUGGCAAGACGCCCAUGAGCUCUCUUUUUGUCAGCUUCAUCGCCUUGAUGGUUAUCCUCUUUGGCUUGAAACUGUUCUACUACUUGCCCAAACCGGUACUGUCAUCUCUGAUCAGCGUGGUCGCCUGGUCCCUCAUCGAAGAAUGCCCCCACGACAUUUACUUCUUUCUCCGCAUCCGUGCGUGGCAAGAGUUGUCACUCAUGUUCCUCAUCGUGCUGACGACAAUCUUUUUCUCUCUCAACAUGGGCAUUGCCAUUGGAAUCGGCAUCUCUCUGCUUCUUGUGAUCCGGAACUCGACGAUGCCGCGCAUCCAGAUUCUCGGCCGCAUCCCCGGAACGAACCGGUUCGAGAAUGCAGAGGCCCACCCGGAAAGACUUGAAUUUGUCGAGGGUUGCCUGAUCGUCAAGAUCCCGGAGCCACUGACAUUUGCCAACACUGGCCAGCUCAAAAACAGACUGCGACGGCUGGAACUGUACGGCACCAACAAAGCGCACCCGGCGCUGCCCCGACUGCGAUCCCAGGUCGAGAACAAGAACAUCAUAUUCGAUGUCCACGGCGUCACCAGCAUGGACGGAUCGGGCACGCAGGUACUCGAGGAGAUUGUUAGGAGCUACCGGGACCGCGGCGUCAGGGUCUUCUUCAGUCGGUUGCCGUCAAGGGACAGCAGCCAUGUAUGGAAGCUCAUGGAAAACAGCGGCAUAGUGGAAAUGGUGGGCGGGGUCGAUCACUUUGUCGACGACGUGCACGAGGCGCUGCGGUUGACCGAGGGUCCCAGUUCUGGGGAUCUUGCGGCUGCUUCUUGA